AUGGAACGGAAUGAGAAACUGGAACGUUAACCUGUUUGACGUGUAUCAAAUACCGGUGAAAAUAUUCCCUUCAAUAUUGUAGAUCUAUUUUCACGCAAAAUGUUACGAAUAAUACUUUUUGGGUUGAUAUGUAGCUUCGUUAACGCUCAAUCUGCCAAUCUUGAAACAGUGAGCGAUGACAAGCUAGUAAAUCUUAUAACAACCGAAAAAUAUAUGGUCGUCUUUUUCACUCAAAAGAACUGCAAAGCAUGCGAUAAUUUUGAAAAUCUAAUAACCGAUUUGAGCAAACAUUUCAUGCAUUUACUAUCUGCUAAAGUUGUUAAAGCGAUCGAUAGUCAAUUGCUACGUCUUUACAGCACUGAUAAAGAACCUGCACUUGUGUUCUUUAGACACGGAGUACCUUUACUUUAUGAUGGUCCAUUAAACGACGAAGAAAUUUUAACUAUGUUUACUGAAAACAAAGAACCCACUGUAAAGGAAUUAACUGAUGAUACAUUUGAACAUUUAACUCAGGCAAGCAGCGGAUCUACAACCGGAGAUUGGUUUGUUAUGUUUUAUGGUACAGAUUGCUUGGAAUGUGUAAGAAUGACUGCAAGAUGGGAGGCUGUAGGUGCAAAACUUAGGCAAAGAGUUAAUGUUGCCCGUAUUGAUAAAUAUACAACUGGUGCGUCUACAGCAAAAAGAUUUAAUAUUUAUAAAGCUCCUGAAUUCAUAUUCUUCAGACAUGGUAAAAUGUACCGUUAUCAGAUCCCGAAAUACGACAUUAAUUCAUUCGUAUCGUUUGCUAAGGAAUGGUACAGAAAUGCACGUGUCGAAACUGUUCCUACACCAGGAACGGUUGCCUACUCACUCGAUGAUUUUGUUCAAACGAUUGCAAAUUUUCUGCGUAAAAAUCCGUGGAUGAUGAAGCUUGGCAGUAUAACAAUUGGCGUAUUCAUAAUUAUUUCUGUAGCUUCGAAGUUCAGACGUAAAACUGAGUUGUCCCAAAAGAAAGACUAAUUUUGUUAUGUACCAAAUACAUGUUUACGGGUACUGUGCCAAUGUAUUAGAAUUUAUAACUUCGGAUAAAAGCACAGUAAAUAAUUAGAUGAAUAAAUUUUUAAGUUGAGCUAA